AUGUCCACGGAACCAUGGCGGAAACGAGGGUUUGUCCCGGACUCCGAUGAAGAAGACGAAUUCGACUCUUUGGAUACACGAAAUGCCUCUAUCGACGACGCAGAGGAUACCGACAAUGUGGUCGAUCUCGAAUAUAUCCAUCUACCCACAUCGAUUUUGACCUCGGGAGGGAAAGAAGCUGUGGACGAGCAGCCCGACAUCAACAAUGACAACGACUCGAUAACGCUUUCGGAUAUUGGAGAUCCCAACGACGUCUCCGAAGAAAGCAAGCGUGGACGGGACGCGACUCCCACAGCCAAUGAUGACCAUUCGUGCAAGCCGAACACAGAACCUUCACCGGCCAGCAUGAUAGCAAAGGAUCGCCCAGUAAGCCCGUCCCUGGGAGAACAAACGCCAAAACCACGAAGAGCGCGCAGAACAUAUGGGAGACAUACAUCGUCAACACGAACGCCGAGCUCCCUUAUCAGAGAACCGCAAUCCACACCGAAAAACGAAAACGAUAGGAUAUGGGAUAUUCCUAGUUCACCGGUACUAGGAGCCAGGUCUGGAGGUAAAUCACGAAGCCAUGAGUCCACGCCAAUAUCUUUUACGCCCAAACCACAUUCGCCCUCUAAAAUUGCACUACGACCUCAUGCGAAGGAACCACAAAAUCGGCCAGAGCAGAUAGAUGCACUAUCAUCCCGGAGCUCUUCGCCCGAUGAAUUAAACGUGGUUACAGAGCCACCGCCGAGACCACCACAGCGUAUCGAACAUUUCAAGGUUCAAGAAGAACCCUCGAAAGAUGAUUCGGAUGAUUCUCCAUUAUCAUCGCCCCCGGCAUCUCCCCAACCUCCAUCCGGAGAGGAGCCAGAUGUGGAGGACAGAGUCUCAACAAUUCCGUCACCGAAGGUUAUAGACCAGGGCCUGGCAAAGAUUGAUGUCCCACUAGAACAAUUACAAAAAUUUUCUCAGCCAGCGCGCAGGUCUUUCCGGGAGCGAAAUGCAAUCCAGCUGCACCCCUAUGCCCUCGAGCUUGCCAAAUAUCAACGACAAAUGAGAGAACGAGGUAUGAGGCCAAUUCGACCACCCGCAGAAGCAUCCAAAACACAAGCCCAAGAAGCCACAGAUGAGAGCCAGGAGCAAGAUGCUUUCAACCCCGAUGUACUUCAGUCCAGUCCGCCGCCAGAAGAAUUUCUCAGAACCGAACGACAGAGAGAACGAGAUUCAUCAGGUCAAGAAAUCCGAAAUCGUGAGAAGCAAGUCUCUCUGCUCCAGCGAACACAGUCUCACAAACGACGGAAGAAGUCUCACAGAUUGACUUCGCCAAGUAAUAGGCAUCGCUCAGAGGCUCAAGCUAGGCCGCAAGUGGUGAUUCAAAAUCGCACACCCGCGAGCGGCGUCGACCUUUCUUUCUUCGAUAUUCCAUCCAGUCCGCCAGAUUCGCCAGGUUCGAGGACCCCUCGUGCAAUAGAGGGUUUCCGCUUCCCUACGGGAUUUAUAGUACCGCCGACUAUGUCUGGUGCCGUCGAUUCGUAUUCAGCAUCACCAGUGAUUGAUGAACCCACCGCAGAGGGCGAGUCUGGCCUGCUCGUCGAUUCUGACGAAUCGGAGGAGUCCGAUGAUUCUCAUAGCUCUGCGGAACCUGAGGGAAGUAACGAAGAUCGUGUAAACCGUCUUAUGCAGCGACGCAUUCGGGGUGUUCUUCCUGCUUCUUGGGUCCGUAUCGAUGCAGAACAGAGGCUCAAGCAACAGAAGGGUACUCAACAAACCCGACAUGCUGCCCAACGACCAGAUGGCAAAGGUGUUGCCCAGAAAAUCGUUCGAAAAUUACAUUCAGGACAGUCAAGACUGCAGCAAGGCCUCAUUGACCUCGCAGACUCUGAAAGUGAUGAAGAGAAUCAGCCUCCAAUCAGCCACAAUAUCGAAGAAGGCGCCGACCAGCGAGCAGACAUGUCCAUGGAAUUUGACCGAGAUGGAGAUGCUCUUGAGGACAACCGAAUCGACUAUAUGCUUCCGACUAUUGCUCGCGGGCCUCGUGAGAAGCGAAAGAGCUUGAAACGAGCGCAUUCCAAAGAAGACUCCCGUCAGACGGAGAGGCGGUUGAAGAAAGCUCGUUUAAAACGACAAACCAGACUCACCGAUGCCUCAUACGGAGGACGUCGAACAGAAAAGAAACGUACAACUUCAGUGCCCAGAUUGGGAAUUUUGGAUGCCCCUGAUGUGGCAUCUAAACCUCGCACAGAGCAACCCCAAUUCCUCAGGGUCGCUGCUAGAAAAGCUCGUUUGCGCCAAGACAGGGGAAGACAAAGUCCAACGCGUAAGUUCUUUCAACUUGGAUCGAGAGUUGAGACUGCAGAUGCGAAUGAAUUCCUGCGAGACUGGAGAAAAGGAGCAAUCAAACAAAGCAAAAUUGCUCGUCCUCAAUCCAAGCCUCGCAAAAGCCAGUCAAUCGCAAACCCAUCGACGGGUGUUCGCGGAGCUGGACUAACUGCUCGAACCUCUCGAAUUUCAAAUCACUUUGCUGUGGCAGAAGCAAUUCAAGCCCCCGAGGAUGUUAUUCCACCAGACGACCCCUCAAUUGGUAAUUCUGUUGACCCUGUUUUUUCAAAGGAAAGAAUCUCAGAUGCGAAACGUCCAGCCCAGGCCGAGCGACAAGGCCACCAAUGGAUCGUUCGCCGAAACGUUGGCAUAUCAUCUUUCCAGCGUAACGGUGCUCGUCCUGCUGCGGCCAGCCUAACGAGUCCUGGUCAAAGCCAAGUUGCAAAUCGAGCAGGAUUUGGUCGUUCUCUGACCCUGCUCAAUCGAGACUUCCGCCACCAAAAACAAGCGUCCCGGAAAUUCAAGUCCAGUCUGACUCUUGAUCGGUAUAUUACUGACCCUGUAUCUGCGGGAUCUCCGGCCGGUACUCCCUCAUCUAUCACUGCUCCAGAAACCGCGACCAACAAAGCUCCGAGUACGCAAGUCCGUCAGCGCAAGGGUCGCUUGGAGAAACGCCCACCAAAGCAACUCAACCUUGAUGCAUAUGAAUUUGCUCAAGAUCCGGAGGCUAUUGUAACAGUCUCCGAUGACUUGGAUCCAUUCCCUUCAAAUAUUGCAGCACCUGUGCGGCCUUUAUCUUUCUGUGUUGGCGGACUAUUCAAUUGGCAACGCUCUUAUUCAGUCGAUUUUGGGGUAUUGCCAUUGCGUGAUGGGACAUUCUUCCAUGAAUCUACAUUCAUAGGAAGUGGCGAGUUUUUCCGCUCACUGAAUGUUGCAAAACGCAACAUGAAUCGUGAAUCUGGCUUUUCUUCAAUUCCAAUCAGAGACCGGACGUUACAAUGCGGUGUCUGGAACGAGAAAGUCUCUUCGGAUUUGGAAUAUGUUUUCGAUAUGAUGGUCGAGGACGUCGAGAAAAGUGCCACUGCUGCUCCGGGUACCAAGGCUGACUUGACUUCUGCAUCACUGGCAUAUCGAUCAUUGAUCAAGUACGUGACGGAGCAUUUGUCGUUCAUCGACCCUGUGGACCGGACAGGCUUUGCCAUUCGCGCAAUUGGGCUGCUUUUCAGACUCAAGGAUCCAAUGGCCGCUUUCAUCACCAGCAGCGAUUAUAACAAGAUUGGCCUGGUCCGGUUUGCAUACUACAAUCUGGUGUUUGCAAAUCAGAUCCGUCAGAUCGCAUCUCACAGCCUUGUCAACUCUUCUCUCGCCGAUGAUUCUCUUAAUCUGAUAAAAACCUCUGCGAAGGACACUCUAGUAUUAGUCUUCGACGAAACUGGGGUGACCGAACUGCAAAAAAUGUUUGAAGAAAUCAAGACAUCAGAGCAAUACGGGAGAGCGAUCCAUGAGGAGUCUCCGUCGGCGGAAGCUUACGUUGUUGUUCAGCAGCUCCUGCACAGCUCAGAUGGGUUCACUAGCAUUCUUAACGACGUUGAACUCGAGGUUUGCACCAAGAGAAUUGUUCGCAGCCACAAAAAUAUUGUCAUCCUUGAGAUGGCAUGGCGCAGCUUGUUCACUCCGAUGCCUCUUCAUGAGAUCGACCACCAUGGUAUAGCGCGCCGUGAAACCCGGUUCAAAACAAGCCACGACAAUUGGACUUUAGUCAAACGGCUUCUGUCCCCAGCGCUAGACAAUUACGACAGCAACUCUGCUGCGCAACCAAUCUCAUACAAUGCCUACUGUCGAACGCUCUUUCAACGUUGUCAUCGUCUGAUCAAUAUGUGGGGCUGGAGGGAAUGCAGGCCCGCCCUCGAAACUUUAUACGAUUUCUUCGCGCAAAGGACGUUUUACAACUUGAAGCUCGAAGAAAGCUACGGCUCCCCUGCCUUCCUUGAUGAGCUCGACCAGAAACCUUCCUUGGAAAUCCGACCUAACGAGCCAUGCUUCCACACACUGCUCAAAAUCAUGGCAAGCGGCCUUCGCUUCUUGUCUGAGCGGUACGACAACAAAAGAAUUCGAAACAUCGCCUGGCGUUUCCUACCCAACCACGGUCGAGUCUACCCAAAAGACAUGCCUAUAUACCACGAAGACCUAGAUGCUUUGCGAAACCACCACGAUCUCCUCUGCACUCUGUACUGGGCUGUUCCUGACGGGUGUCGCCCGAGACUGGAAAGCAUUCGCAACCUCAUUCAUCCCGCCGAUUCUCAUAUCGAGACGUGCAGCAUCAAUCUUCGUGCUUGGGCAAGGCUUGUUCGAUUCAAGCUUUCAACCAAAGAAGAUGUUGCGGGGCUGGAUCCAUUCGCCGACUGGCACAGCUACUUCUUGAACGAGCUUCGGCAACAGCAUGCACUUGCCCGUCAGGAAACUGAGGCAGAGAAUAAGGGCGAUGUUUCCAAGCAGCUUAUCGAGAGCACUAUAUCCCAGAACCAGCGACAAGUCGAAAGCUUGUUGAGCAUGGCUCUUGGUGGAAUGCAGACUGCUAUUGAGCUGGCGCCAUCCCUGGACCAUGCGCAUAGGUUGAUGUCGAAGACCCCCUUUGAUUCUAUCAUGGGUCUCUUCAACCCAAAACUUGCGCGAGUAAAUGUUGUCGUGACGCAGGCUUUGCAGGUGAUUGUGGCGUAUACUCAUAAAGAUGAUCUUGUUCUGCCUCCGGCUGCUGCUGCUGUAUCUGCGGCAUUGCCAUCUGUGGAUGAAGAUAGCCAAGAAUUUGGCUUCGGUGAUUCCGACUGGGCCGAUAUCGAUGCGGAGCUGGUCCAGCAGAAUUCUCCGCCACGUGAAAGUAUCGAGCAUGUGCAGAGAACCCUUCACCCAGUGGUUUCCCGCCUAGUUUCCAACUGUUUUGGUGCCGAUCAUUGCCCAGAUGAUGCCAUUCUCAAGAGCUCCCUAGAUUGCUGGACAUCUAUCGCCCAAGUUUUAGUUCGUAAUGGACUCAAAGAUUGGGACACCUACCUCAGUCAAUUCGGAGAUGAGUCCUGGGCGAGACUUCGAGACACGCUGCAGACAAGAAAAUAUGCGCCGCAAUUUGUGGCACUUUGUAUUGAGAAAGAUGAGCAAAUUCUUUCCGAUUGUCGAAUCAUUGUCAUGAGCAUGUGGAUGUCGUCUCUGGUUGAACGAUCCUCAAUGCUCAAAUUCCAACACCAUCUCACCGAAGCAAUUCUGAAUGGAAGCACCCAAGAUCCAUUGCUCCAAAACCUUCCAUUCACGAAGGACAAAAAGACCGAGCGGUAUGCAAUCAUCUUGGAAGAAGUGAGCCAGCGACGAUUAUCUCUCAUUUCAAGCGUGUUGUCGAACAUGCGCGAACACAUCCUCGGACUAGAAGUGUCCAUGAGUCGAGAUUUGAACGUCACAAAGCACGACUAUUCUGAAAUACUUCAGCGAGUGAUGGCAGCCAUGAAAGACAAUUACCGUGAGCUCGGUAAUGGAUCCGCUGAGUCUGCUCAGGGCGCUUAUGUCGAGUUCGUCCAUCGAAUCAUCAGAUUCCUCCAAGAGCUCACGAGUGAUAUACGGCCCGUCGACCCCUUCUUCACAGACCCAGCGCUGUUCCCGCUUCCAUCCACCGACCCACGGUACAUUGUUGCGAAAUUAAAACGUUACGAACCUAAGCUUUAUUUGAACAAGGAACUUGUAACUCUGACUGGGUUUAUCCAAGGCAUUACCGAGAGGGCGCUUGUUGAGGGCCAGCAGAAUCAUCUUGCUGGUCAGCUGCACGCAGCUAUGAAAGAUACUUAUGAAGCCGGACGACCCGACAAGCCAACACUUCGGGCCGUUCUGCUGCAAUGCAUGUUCCCAGCCUACCUCGAACUAGCAUUCAGCAGCCCUGCCGCGUGGCUCCUCGCCCGUCCUGUCAUCCUGAGCAUCUCACUUGUCUCUAAGGACUUGCUAUUCAAGAUUGACCUUUCAGAUCCAAGCUGCGUCUCUUCCUUGUUGAAGAUCUUCGAAGUGGUUCUCCAGUCAUCCUAUCGAGCACUUCGGCCACUUUCCAACCGGCCAACUAAGUUCAAAGACCCUGCUGUUCUAGCCGUAACCGCCGCCUUCCUCGAGAUGAUAACCGCCUCUCUACCUUUGAUCGAUUACAUCGAACGUAUCACCGAGGCUGCCGAUGAACUCAUCUCCUACAUCCAAUGGUUCCGAGACUUUAUAAUGGCUGUGACCUUAUACUUGGAUCCGACAAGUCCAGGUUCUGAUAAGCUCUCACCACCCGAGCCACUAUCGAACACUAUGACAGUCGAAAUGCCUCAGCAACGGGCCACAGCUCGCCGCAUGGCCUUGGAAGACCACCAGUUAUAUCUUCGAAACUGGUCAUUCCAUAAUGGAAAAUACUACUACACCCGGCCCGGUCACGAUUCUAAGGAAAUUUAUCUCGAGGCUGAGAUAGCAGCAGUGGUUGAGAAUGAAACUGUUGCGAAAAAAGCAUUUGAGGAUGCUACAGCAGAAUACAUGUAUGCUGUAGAGCAAUUGGGACUGCUGCCACCUCUUGAGGUGCCGAGUCAUGAGUCUCAUGGACGGAUGGAUGAGUCUACUUUGUCUUCUUUACACGACUGUCUUCAAUCGCUGCACUUGCAGUAA